AAUUAAUGUCAAACCCUCCGAAAUUUAACUUCUCCAACACCAUUCGGCCGACUGAUAUACCAAGAUUCCAAGUACAUAACCAGUAAUCCUCAUCGAUUUUUUUUCCAAUUGCUUCUAUUCAGCUAUAUAUACACAUAAAUACCAUAUAGUUCCUCCCAAGAACAAGCCAAGAAACUUCAUUUAUAGAAAUGGAAAACUCAAUGAGCUGCAAACCAUUCUCUUCUUCUUCUAAUGAGAAGACAACUGAUGACAGUUUUGAAGAGAGUGGUUGGACUAUGUACUUCGAGGAUUUCUUUGCCCAAAACAAUAGAGAGGACCGUGAUCAUGAUUUCAGUGAGCAUAGUUCUUUCUCAUUUGAUCAUGAUGGAAGUUCUUCGAUGCUCUCUGAUGCUGCUUCUUUGGCUGUGAUGAAGUCUGCUGGUGAUCAUCACGGUGAAAAAGUUGUUGGGUUACCUAUUAAUAACAAAAGUUUCAAAUACAAUUUAAGUCUCAAGAAAAGAAGAACCAAAGGGGCUUUGCUUGAUGAUGCUUUGGAGGAUACUGCUAGUUCUCCUGUUAAUAGUCCUAGGGUAAAUGAUGAUACGAUGAUAAGCCACUACAAAAGGAACACAAAACAGAAAGAUAAAAUGGAAAUUUCACAGGACAAAGCAAGUGCUUCUAACCAGAUAGACAUGAGAAGUGAUUUGGGUUUUAUUUUGAGGGAAAGUGACAACACGGAACUGAAGAAAAGGGGUCUUUGCUUGGUUCCUUUGUCUAUGGUAGUAAAUUAUCUUGGUUAAAUCCACAUUUCCUCAGCAGCUCUCCCCCCCCCCACUCUACCUGGUACCCGG